AUGGUAUUUGUUUUCUUGGUGGCUUACUUGGAGGAUGACUUCUCAAUGCCGCCCGUGAAUAAAGAUUUACCGGACAGUAUAAUUAGGUUGUUUGGAGUUGAUAUUUCUGUUCAUCCAAACACCCCCCAAGAAGAUCCUGUUACACCACCGGAAUCUUCUUCUUCUCCUACUCCGGCCGCCGUUAGCAGCCCAAUUAGUACCGUUUUGUCACUUUAUAAUAAUCAAGAAAAGCAUGUCCCAGAUCAAUCUCUUGUUCCUGCCGCCGCCGCCGCCGGAAGCCGCCCUUCUUCCGACAAAGUUCCUGCAAAAUCUCCCGCCAAGAAAACGGCGGCACCAGCGGCUCCGGAGGAGUUUCGUGAAUUCGACAUUAUCGAUUAUUAUCCGAUGAUGGCGUGUGGUGAUUUUCGUCCAGUUAUCUUCUUCACCGCACCAGAGGAAGUUGGUUGUUCUUCACGUGGUGCAACUUCUGAUCCAAAGGCGGAUAAUAAAUCCUCAUCAGAUUUAUUAAUAAUAAGAAGCCCCAGCCCUGACGACGUCGUUUCAAGAAAACCCCAGUCCAAGAAAAGGGUUUCUGGAACUGCAACUUAUACUCAUGACGUCAGCCCUUUAUUAAAGAAGAAGGCGAAAGUAAUAUCCAAUGAAAUUGUACUCUACAGUCCAAAGCCACUUCAAUCUUUUCCUCCGUCCAUGAAUCGUCACCAUGACGUAAGCCCUAAUCAUAACGGCCGAUGGGAAGAAAAGAAGAAGGUGAAGGGGAAAUUAAUAAUAACCGACGAAGAGAAUGUUUCCGAACCAGCGCCUGUACGGAAGAUCAAGAGAACAAUUAGGCGCCGGGAUAAGACUUUAUUCAUCCGCGGCGAGUCAUCAUCGUCAUCGAUACCGGAUACUGUUCUUCCACUAGAGGAGAUUCCAGGUAUGAUUGAGACGAUCGAGUCACACAACGGAAGUAAACCGGUUUUCUUGUACCACAAGAAACUCGAAACAUCCGAUGUGUGGGACCACCUCAACAGAUUGAACAUCAACACCCCUGAAAUCUUGAUGAGUCUUCUGAGAGACGAAGAGAGGAUAGCUGUAACCGAGACGAGAAUAGGAGUUCAAUGUAUCGGGAUCGAUAAAGGAGGCAGAUCGUUUAACCUGCACUUGGGGAAGUGGCCAAGCUUGCAGAUGAUUGUUAUUAACAAACAAUGGGGCAGGAUAGUCAACGCGAACAACGCGGUCAAAGGCGAUUGGGUUGAAAUUUGGGGGUAUCGAGUAAACGGAAGCGACGAGCUUCGGUUGGCGAUCAACUUUAGGAAACAAGAAGAAAUUGAUCAAAGGAUGAUUGCAGCUGCUGCAGCCUCAACCAGCAGUAGUAGUAGUUCUACUAAUUAAUGGAGGCACUGCACCAUCUCCAAUUAGCUAAUUAAUUAUUAAUA